GCUACCCAGAGACGCAGGGCGGGCGGUUCGCGUCCCUGAGCCAUCUUAGGCCAUCACAAGUGGCAGAAUAAGCAGAACACCAUUUGCCACUUCGUUUCGUCUGUGUGUGCGCGCAAUCCCGCAUUAUUUUCCUGCAGUUCACUUUGUUAAGUCGCUGGGGCUCUAUUUACUGGAAAUGUACGUAACAGAAACAGAAUGGCAAAGUGAAGCCUGAAACGCCUGUACAAAGGAGACUGAGAUGAAUUGUUAUGACCGGAGAUUACGGAAAACUGGACCAGAACGAGAGAACAGCAGAAAUGAUCUAGUUACUCCUCCAGCACGUUCAAGAGUCAACGGUUGGACUUUGCCUCUCCAUUCCUUCCAAUUAAUUGCUUGGGUGAUCUACAUCUACCUGGCAAUUGUUGCCUUUGGAAUUUACAUACCAAUGUUGCCAUAUGCAUGGAAAUACAUUGGUUAUGGUAUAAUUGGGGUGUUGUUUGUGUAUCAUUUCAUUGUCCACCUGGUUGCUGUAUCUAUUGACCCAGCAGACAAUAGCGUGCGGGCCAGGAAGAACUAUAAUAUUCCAAUGCCAACGCUUGACCGAGCCAAGCAUCCCCAUGUAAUUCAGAACCAGCACUGCUACCUCUGUGAAGUGGAUGUAGGAAUAAAAGCCAAACACUGCAGCACUUGUAACAAAUGCAUUUCAGAUUUUGAUCAUCAUUGCAAAUGGCUCAACAACUGCGUUGGAGGAAGGAACUACUGGUUUUUCUUCCACACCGUGGUGUCCGCUGUUCUCGGUAUCCUGCUGAUUGCACUAGUUAUCGUUUACGUAUUCAUCCAGCAGUUUGUAAAUCCUGCAGAACUUCGCACGGCUCCACAAUUUAAAAAUGUUCAAGGAAACAACACUUGGUUAGCAUUUUUGCCCAUUGCUCCUGUGGAAACAUCGCAAGCUGGAAUUUUAGGCAUAGCAGGAAUCACCAUCAUCCUCAGCCUUGCUUCGCUGAUGUUACUUGGUCAUCUGCUGUGCUUUCACAUUUAUUUAUUCUUCAAGAAGCUGAGCACGUAUGAGUACGUUGUACGGGAACGUCACAAUCAGGACAUCAGAGAUCAUGGGAACGAUCCUGAGUCUGCACAGACUGCAUCUGCUCGGAUGACUGCUCUUCAGGGUCUACCUGAGGCUAAGUCUCAACCAGAAAUAGAGGUCACCACAUCCUCCCGAUCAAGUGCUAUUAAAUAUCAAGAUCAAGGUCCGGUUACCAGCAGAUUGUCCAAUGGAAUCUGUUUAGAGACUUCCAGUGUUUCUACAGCUAUAAACUCUUCUCAUAGUGGCCAGUCAGUGAAUACGAAGAUCAAAAAUGGUUCUAAAGGCACCAUUCACUUUAAUGAGACUAAGUUCACUUCUGAGAGAGCAUCUGCUGUUAGCUCCAUUCCUGAACCGCUGGAAAACUCUGAAGGAAUACUACAGAAUGACCAGAAGAACUUCCAGGGAUCUCAUCGCCCAAGCUUGGAGUCUAUAGAAGAGAUCCCAGUGGUACAAAGUCCACUUGGCAGUGCGUCAAUGGACAGUGGAUGCAAGGAAGGAAUGAGUAAUGCAGGGAAGUGUUUUGAUGCAUCCAACCAAAGUGUGCUCCCCGAUAAUCCUCCAAGCUUGCUGGUAAAUCCAAGAGACUCCACACAGUUAUCUACAAAAGUUGUGAACCAGCAACCAGCAAGGACUUACUUGGUUAAACAGGAUACAGAAACAGCUCAUCAGAGGCACAGCCAAUUAACACAGUCUAGUAAAGCUAGCCGGAAUAGUCUUGGGUAAAUUGAAUUCCCCUAAAACUUUUGAGCUGUCAGCAUCAAUUGAAAACACCACGCUGGUGUCUUUCUUAAUUAUUUAAUAAUCAGUGCAUCAGGCUGAUGCAGAAUUUCUGGACGUGAAAUUAUUUGUUGUCAAGUUGUCCCACACCCUCUGUAAUCUGCACGGCGUGAUGGACUUUAUCUAUUGAAACUGGCAAAAAGAAUAAUAUCUAGAGAGGAUUCUGGCUAAAUUGAACCAUUUGGAAUUGAAACAUUCUGGAGAUCCUUUAUUGACAUGAAUGGGAUUCCCCAGUCUCAUACCUGGGACCCUGUUUGCCAAAUUCUCUGGGGGUGUAACAGGGGCGGUCACAUGACACCUGAAAGGGCACUAGAGUUCUGCACACCUCAGUCCAUCUACUGGAAGAGGGGAAGGACCCAACCUACUCACCCAGAAAGGGAGAGGACGGGAAUAGUUUUGUUUCUUAAGGAAGGCAGGCACCAUGGAAAGAAAGGUAACCAAUCAUCCUGGGCAUCUAUUCACUUUCUUCCACAAACUUCCAAUGGGCCUUAUUGUGGUUACCUGGGGAUCCUGGAAACUUCCUCCAAUCCUGUUUUUUUUGCCUCCUAACACCUGGAAUUCUGGGCCUCAGAUUUUAUCACAAUAACUUUGUUUUUCCACGUGUUACCUCUGAGGCAGUCACUCAGGGUUGAGGAUGAAUUAACUUCCGCUCCAGUUUUGUGGGUACUGAGGUGGCUGAUGAGGUGACUGUGUGAUCUGCCAUCUCUGUCAUGGGUGGGUGGUGAGUGAGUAGUAUGGGAGGUGCUGUGCUCCUUCAGCUGGACUUCUGUGUGCUCCUGAUGAAGAGGCUUGAAGUUUUCAGUGUCCUGUUGGAUAUCCUUUCUCCAUUUGGAUUGGCUAGGGGCCAGGAAUUCCCAUGAGUCUGUGAGUGUAAUAUUUUUCGUGAUAUAAAGAACUUGAUUUUUAGCUCUAAGCACACAUCACUUUGCUGGUGACCAGCAGUGUGGCAUAAUUGGAAUGAUAACCUCUCUCCAAUUUCUUUUCUUUUGGUUAAAGUGCACCUAAUAAUAUAACCCCAGUUCCAGAUUACAAAAUUAUCUCCAAGCGUAAGCUAAUUGUCCACAAAACACCCUAAACAUAAUUACAUAAAGUAUAAUAAAACAAAAGCUCUGAUGAAGGGGUCUUUGACCUGAAUCAUUAACUCUUCUUUUUCCCCACAGAUGCACACUGAGUAUUUCCAGCAUUUUAUAUUUUGUGUUAAAAAUAAGUAUAUUUGAUUUAGCUGCAUAAACUACUUUAGCGAGCAUGUAUUUGGAACCUUCACCUUCCCUGAAGGUUGAACUGAAAGCCAGCACAAAAUGCAGUCUUAGAAUAUGAUUUGAUCUUACAAAUUGCACCCUUAGUUUUCCACAUUUUACAAACUCAUGAAAAUGUGAGCUGCUUUUAACCAAACUUAGAUUUAUAUCUACUUUUAUAGAAUGAGGGAUGUUGAAUGUGAACAAGGUUAUGAUUUUAUUACACUAACAAGCAUGUAGAAAUCAUUUUAUUAUCAACAAAAUUCACCCUUGAAUCUGGAAUAGGUUGAAAAGUUUCUUAUUUUUCCUGUGGAUUAGCUCCUCUCCAGCAGAAAGUUGAUUGGAUGCAUGGUAUGAUACUGCAGUGAGAAAGAAUGUGAAGAGAUUUAUUUCUAAUGAUAUCAAGUCAGAACUUUUGAAGUAUCUUCUUCUAGAUCUAAGUACUGAAAUUGAAUUAUUUGGAAGAAAUAUGAGAUACAAAUGUAAAAUAAAAGGAAUUAUUGUAUAUAUUAACACCUACACUAAUCCAUUUGAAUAAAUGGAAGGCAGUUGCUCAAUGGUCUUUAUUAAAUAUUUUCAGUGAAGCUGAUCUAUGCCACUAUCUAUAACAUAAAAGUCAAUUUCCUUCUAUCUGCCCUUCUUGUUUAAAAUACUUCCAUCACAGCUUGCUACGUUACUAUUUAUGGUGGAAAUUACCGAUGUAAGCUGUCAUACUCUUAAUUACAACCUUUAUCCAGAAGCAGUGCUGUACCACUUCCCGUCAGGAAGCCAUUGUUAUAGUGUAACAAAUUACAACACACAUUUUCCAUUCUAAGUAUUGAUGUAAGGAGUUAUAACGGAGAAGUCAAAAAAUGACAAUUAUGACUUGAAUUAGGACUGAAUUAUUUCUCCAUAUCAUGAUCCAAUUAUUCUGGGCUGUCAAACCCUACAUGUGAAGUCUAUAGUUGGCCUUCACUCCCUAUAUCUAUUACCACAAGAGCUUAAUUAAUAUUGAGGUUAAACCUAUGGGAAAUCAAUGGGGAAUAAUUUAGCAUAAAUAGCAGUCAUCAAAUAAUCAUUACUUCACAGUUGGUUAUCAGGAUGCCCUGACGAAAGUCAGGACAUAGAGGUUUUCAGUGUUUAUCAUUAAACUUCAGUGAAUGCAUCCAGCUAGAGUUGAACCUGUCCUUUUGGUAGAAAUGUUUGAAGAACAGUAGGCUGAAGGCAAGUAGUGUCUAUUGGUGUUUUUUCAAAGAACCGUUGUAUAACCAAGGACUCUGGUUUUGACAUGCCCUUUCCUGUCUACACAGGGAUGGAUCAUGUAUCAAUUUAGAAUUUAAUUUGUCAUUUAAAUGCACUAUUCUAUUGAUAAAUACUGUGUUCAAUAUGACACUUUUUAAGCCGUAAUAGUUAUGAUUUGGUUUGUGUUUUAGUACCCAUUAUGUGAAACUUGAAAUGGUUUUUAAAUGUGCAAAUGUAUAUAAAACAAGUUGUAGUAAUAUUUUUAACGUCACUUUCAGUGGUUUAGAAAGCUAUUUAGAAUGUUUUAUUCUGUUUCUUUGGCAAAUUCUGCCUUUUUUUAUGGUUACUUUCAGACUUAGCACCACAUCUAAAUUAAACCAGUGUUUUAUAGGACUUUAGCCACAUGAGAAUUUGAGAAUGCAGAUAUGACAAAUUGCAAUUCUGAUUUGCAAAUAAAAGAUGAGUAAUGAAGAAAAUCAUUGGGUGUGUGAUCUCCAUGGUUACAUGGCAUAGACAUAUGACUUUGGAUUUAAUUUUUUAUACAUUUUGCUGAAAUGGUAUGAUUUUAUUAUUCAAGGAACUACACGUCAUAUUUCAGUUAGGCAGAUUACAGCUUUCUGAGCUCAAUACUGAGUUCAAGAAUUAAUUUUCCUAAGCAUUUCUAGCAUGUUACUUUAAUCCAGUAGUUUCUGUGGUCAUCAUCACUAUUUUUUUCUUUUCCCAAAUUCCAGAUUAAUAACAGAACUCAGGAUUGUUAGGCAAGGUCUCUGAAUUAUUUGUCCAGUAGUUUAACUGCUGCAUCCCUACCAUGCCCAAUGGCAUCGGAUAAAGGGUAACAAUUUAUAGUCUCAUCGUAAAUUCUUUUGCCUCCCCCAUUCUACUCCACAUACACCUUCAUUGUAUCUUCAUCAAAGAUUCAAAGGUAGGGAAAUAUGGCAGAAAUUCCUAAAGUUCCCACAGUUUCAUACAGCCUAUAAUGGAUCUUCUUGCUAGUUGUUUAAAUGUGAAAAUGUUACUUAAUCAUGUAUUUUUAUGAUUAAAGUUAUAAAUCACAAAAGAGUUGGUAAAAAUUUACCAAUAAUUGUACUGAAUGGUCAUAGACUUGGAUUUAAUUUUUGAUUUAGUUUUAUUGCAUGUUUUAUUGAACUGGUAUGAUUUUAUUAUUCAAAGAACAGCACAUCAUAUUUCAUUUAGGCAGAUUACAGCUUUCCAAGCUCAAUACUGAGUUCAGCAAUUUCAUUUCCUAAACAUUUCUAGCAUGUUACAAUAAUCUGGUAGUUUUGGUGGUCAACGUCAAUAAUUUUUUCUUUCUCUUGUCCUUUAUGUUAAUUUAAGCUUAUGUUGUAGCGGUUGCUACCGCGGAAUAAAACAAGACUCU